AUCAAAGUCAGACAUCAUUGGUUUGAAAAGUCAAAUUUGGCUGAAUAAAAAAGAACUGAAGGAAGGAGUAUCACACAUCAUACAUCACUCUAUUUAUACCAAUCACACUAGCUACUACAUGAUAGAGGGUAGUUAAUUGAUUCCUUCAUAACAAAUCAAAGAGGCAUCAUUCUAUUCAAAAUGAAGUCUUCCUCAUUUUCCCUACCACUGUUUUGCAUCAUAUUCACCACUCUCUCCAUUGUGCAGCAUGCCUCUUCCAAACAACCCGCAACAAACAUAACCAAGGCGAUAGAGGACGCAUGCACGUUCACGCGAGCUCGAGACCUUUGCGUGUCGGUGCUAAAAUCCGAUCCUCGGAGUGAGACCGGCAACAUCAGGAUGUUUGGAGUGAUCAUACUAGAGAAGGCCUUGUCCAAGGUGGUAAGUGGGAGUGGUGGUAUUCCCAUGGAAGGUGUGUGUGGCCCCAAGUCCAACUAUCAUCAAAGGCUAGUACGUGAUAUCAUGGAAGCGAUCAAGAAGUUGAAAUAUGAUGUCAAGCCUGUGGCUUUUGCAGUGGAUAACAUGUCAAGUGCGAUAGAAGAAAUUCUCAACUGCACUAGUGCCGCCUCUUCUGCCCUUGUGCGCCUUCUUCGCAUUGCUAUGGAUAUUCUCUUAGUUCUUCCAUAAAUAUUUUGCCUAGGCAUCUUGAUGAACAAUUAUUGAUUAUAUAUAUAUGUAUUUUGUUGCAAGUUCCUUCUUCUUAUCAUAUCAUUACAAUCUGAUAUGUUUCAUCAAUCGAGCAUAAUAUAUAAGAAGUUAGAAUGAAUAGAGUUUAAGUAGUUUUAAGGGAUAAUUCAUAAUUGGAUAAAUAAUUACGUUCGAGUAGUUUUAGAAUUGAAACACAUGAAAUUGAAAAAGAUAUACUUAAUCAAUUAAGUAGUGACACAUGAUUAUUUGGUUCGAUAGUUAAAGCUCUAGAUAUUCAACCUAUGUCAUGAAUAUCAAAUUUUCAUUUGCCAAUAGUAUGUGACUCAAGGUACGGUAUCUAUACUUCCUCCGUUCUUUAAUUUUUGCAACAUUGUGAUUUUUACAAUAUUCACAGACAUUACUUUCAUCACAAUUUUCUACUAAUAUAAAUAAAAAAAAUAUUACGUAUAAAAUGUUAUUGAAUUCCUAUCAAUGUGAAUUUUCAAAAUAUCAAAUUUUUAUAAUGUUUAUUAAUAUAUAUUUAAGUAUAAUUAUAGUCAAAGUUGUGCAUUGGAAAAUGUGAAAGUCAAACUGUUGCAAAAAAAAAAGGAGGAUAGUAUAUAUGGAGUACGAAGUACGUGUAUGAAGUACGCAGAAUUAUAAAGCAAUUUUCAUGGUACACUCAAAUUAAAGUACGGUAUCUUGUCCAAAUGGACCAAUUAGAACAUUAUUGAAUCAUUUAAUUAAAUAAAAAAAAAUUAUGAUAUAACUCUCAUUUUUUCGAUGGGUGCUGUAGCAUUCAUCUUCCACUCAAUCAUUUAAUUUAACGCUUGUCUUGGUCAUUAUAGUGAUAAGUUGAGGUUUGCCCGGACUAAAAGGGGUUAAGUUUAUACCAUUUUUGUUAUAGGAAAAAAAGGAAAAAGAUAAAUCCAUAACAUUUUCAUAAGGAAAAAACAGGAUAAAUUCAUAACAUUUCCGUAAUGCUUAAAAAAACAUUUUUGUAAUAUCGUGUAGUAAAGCCAACAUAAAGUGCAGUAAUGUCGUGCACGUCGUGCAAUAACGCCUGCAUAAAGUGCAAUAUUUUUAAUUUAAUUUGAACGAAAGUAGUUCAAAAUGCACCUUUUCCCAUUCCUUCCGCCAAAGCUUCAAACUAGAGCGAAGUCCAUUCGCAGGACAAAGGAGUAAAAAUUACAAGUCCGCAAAUAAACAAGGAAGAUGAGAAAAUAUCUUAAUAUUCAGGCUUAGAAGAACGUAGUGAAUCUGCUGGGAAGGUAAUUAAUAUCUUCUUGCCAACUACGGUGGUUAAGGAAACACAAGACACAAGGGGUUAAAGAGGACUUCCACUACAGCUUUUACUCCAUUGCUAACACCAACUCCAUCAAUACAUCAAAGCAAAAAUGGUAGAUGCCAGUCCAAAUUCACGGCUAGAAGAAUAGCCAGAAUUAAAAGCCGGCCCAUAACUGGAUUUAGAUGUUAUGUUGAUGUGAGUACCAGUGUGAAGACUUACAAUGUGAGUAUAUUAUACCUAAUAUGGAUGUUCAAAGUACAGUCCAUUUUCAAAAUAAGAUUGGUUGAUAAUUAUGUUGAACAUCUUAUAUUUGUGGAUGGUUGCAGCCCGGUAUGUCUAGUGAAGAGAGCAUUUCAGAAUUUCAACCACAAAUACCACAUCAUGCUGACGUUGUAGUUAGAUUUCCAAUUCCAAAUGAGAAGGAAAUCAGAGGUGAUGUUGGGAAUAACAGGAUCGUGCUAAUAUGAGAGAAAAACACUUCUAUUACUUUCAAGAAUAGAAAGAAGAGACAUACAAGCUCUAACUAAAAACUCUCAAAAACAACACCUCACAUAUCUCUCAAGGAUAUUCACAACUCUUCUUGGUUGUGCUAUGAUGAUCUAUUCUAAUUUACUUUAUGAUAGAAAGACUCUCCAAGCUCUCUAUUUAUAGCACCAAAACUAGGUACUAUGAAGGUGGAAGGAAGCUUCAAUGGUGGUUGGAAGGAAGGUCACUCCUAGGUGUAUGGAAGAUCCCUUUGUCAUUCUUGCACAUGGAGGAAACUUCAGGGAAAUUAGGAAUUGGAUUCUUCAAUUUGCUUGUACUUGGAUAUGACCUGGAAAUUGAAUUCUUCAAUUCUCCCUUUCCAGGCAUAUUCAAAACAAGCAUCCCGACUAUGUCUCUGCACAGCUCUAGCUUAUCCCGUGUCACCACCUUCGUCAGCAUGUCUGAUGGAUUCUCCUUUGUAUUGAUCUUCACUAGUCUCAACAGUUGUUGAUCAAUCGUCUCUCGUAUCCAGUGAUACCGAACAUCAAUAUGCUUUGUACGAGAAUGGUACAUGGAGUUCUUGCUUAAGUCUAAAGCACUCUGACUGUCACAAUGUACCUUGUACUCUUUCUGCUGGAUCCCAAGUUCUUGGAGAAAGCGCUUUAGCCACAACAUUUCCUUACCUGCUUCAGCGGCAGCAAUGUAUUCUGCUUCUGUUGUAGAUAAAGCGACACACUUCUGCAAUCUUGAUUGCCAAGAAACGACUCCCCCUGCAAAAGUGUAAAUAUAUCUUGAAGUAAUCACUGAUGGACCUAUCAAAAUAAUGAAGGUCAUCACAUCCAGAACCACAGAAGGGACAGAUGAUGUGUACAUUCCAAAACCCAAAAUGGAAUGGACAACUGAGGACAGGAAGAGAAACAAUCUUGACAACAUUGCCAAGGACAUUCUCUUCAAAUCUGUUGAUGAAUCUAUAUUUCCCAGAAUCAGGAAAUGCGAAACUGCCAAAGAUGUCUGGGAUGAGCUCACAAAGAUUGGAACAGGGGAUGAACAGGAGAAGGACAAUAAACUAACCAUAGCCCUCAAGAAAUUUGAGGAUUUCAAAAUGCUGUCAACUGAAUCUAUCCAUGAGAUGGAAUCCAGAUUCCUGAAGAUUGUGGCUGAGGUCUCUGACCUUGGGAAAGAACUUUCUCAAAAGGAAAUUUCCCUUAAAAUCUUGAGAGGCCUGCCAUCAAAAUGGGACAUGAAGGUAACUGCUAUGAGAGAUAGCAGAGAUCUCAGAACUCUGUCAACCGACAAACUCUUCAGUGAUCUCAAGGCCUAUGAAUUUGAAAUGAAGGAGAUCAAAGAAGAGAAGGAAGAUGAAUACAAGACACUAGCUCUAGUGUCUGAGCCAAGCACUUCAAAAUCUGCUGAAAAAUCCCUAAAUAAUCUCCUCACUGACGAGCAGUUUGCUAUGUUUGUGAGGAAAUUUAAAAGAUUCAUGAAGAAGGAGGGAACUGCUCCAAAGAAAGCAUACAACCUGCCACCUAGAAGACAAGGGAGACCUCAAUCCAGUGAGGAAACUGUUCUGUGCUACAACUGUAGACAGCCAGGACAUUACAAAAAUGAAUGCCCUCUGCCCUUAGCCCAGAAGUAUCAAGGGCAGCAGGGCACUGGUCCCAAAGCUAGUUACAAGAGGGACUUCAAAAGCAAUAGACAAGCUUUUGUAAGUGAAAAGAAAAAGGAGGAACCCCAAUCUGAAGAUGAAAGCAGCUCAAGUGAUGAAAGCUCUUCAUCUGAAAGCUCAGAGGAAGCACUUCUAUGCCUGGGAUCCUGGCAGGUGGCUGAAGAAGGCGGCAGCUGGCUCACUGAAGAAAGCAGCAGAUGGCUCAGUAAAGAUGAUGAAUGCAACUCCCCAAAAUGCCUAAUGGCCAAAGACCACUACAAUGAUGUUGAGGUAACAUCCUGCUCUUCCUAUAGCUCUAGUGAUUCUGGACCAACCAAUAUUACACUGGAAUCUUUAUUACAAGAUUUCCAAAAAGUCCAAAAUCACCAUGUUCUCUUAAGAUCAGAAAAUGAUAGAUUAAAACAAGACAUUAAGGCUAUUCAUACUAAAUUGUUAGAUGCCUUAACCAAAAACAAUGUCUUAGAAGAAGAGAACAAAGAGCUGAAAGACAAAAAGAAUAACUUCAGCAUGGAUAGUAAAACCCGUGACUCAACUGCUGAAGUUGUUCUAAAUAGGAAGAGAAGAGGGCUCGGAUAUCUAUCCCCCACCAGACUCACUCAAAACUCACCCUCCACAAGCAACCAACAAAAUGCAAGAAAGCCAAUCUACCAAAAAUUCAACUCCCAAAAUAUUCCCACAAGAAGGAACCUGCCUGCUCCCAAAUCAAAAUCCAAAUUCAUGUAUAAACAAAAACUUCCCAACCAUCAAACCCCAAGGACCCGUUGGCAACCAACCAAUAAGACCAACCACAGUCAUAACACUGAGCAGUGUCCUCCAAAAGCCAAUAAUCCAUUUCCCAUUUUAAGAAGGAAAAGGAUUAACAAAUACAUAGCCAUCCCCCAUGAUUAUAACACUUCAAAUGGCUAUAGACCAAUUUGCUUAGAACUAAAUGGUUCUAGAUGGGCAUGGAUGCCCAAACUUGUACAAAGGAAGUUGCCCACUAACUUGUGGGCUACUGCUCAACAAUGAUGAAUACAGGAAGGUGCUGGAGCAGUUGACUCACAAACAUGGUACAUAGAUUCAGGCUGCUCCAGGCACAUGACAGGCAGCAGGCGGCUCCUGUCCAACUAUAUGACAAGAGAAGGACCCAAAGUGACUUUUGGGAAUGUGAAAAAACAAGGAGAAACCAAAGGAGCUGGAGACCUAUCCAUCAAUGGACUUACAAUCCAAAACAUAUCUUAUGUUAAAGGAUUAAAGUUCAAUCUCAUAAGCACAAGCCAGCUCUGUGACAAUGGCUAUAAUGUUACAUUCUCCAAAGACAUCUGCUUGAUUAGAGAUGUCAAAAAUGACAAAAUUGUGCUCACUGGUAGAAGGAAGAAGGACAUGUACACUGUUGAUUGGAGCUCAGCAAAGGAAGGGAUCUGCUUGGUGACAAAGGCAGAUUCAAAUUUGAGUUGGGAAUGGCACAACAAAUUAAGCCAUCUAAAUUUCAAAACAAUCAACAAACUGUCCAAAAGAGGAUUGGUGAAAGGACUCCCUGAAAUCAACUUCAAAAAGGACCAUCUCUGUGAUGCUUGUCAAAAAGGAAAACAAACCAAGGUAUCAUUCAAAUCAAAGGAAGUGGAAUCCUCAACCAAGCCCUUAAGCCUACUACACCUUGACUUGUUUGGACCAGUAGAACCAACAAGCUUAAUUGGUAGAAGGUACACUCUUGUUGUGGUUGAUGAUUACUCAAGAUACACUUGGACCAUAUUCCUAAAGAAGAAGAAUGAGACAGAAAAGAAACUCCCUGAAUUGAUGAGACUAAUUCAAAACGAGAAAAGCCUCUCAAUUCAAAAGAUCCGGUCAGAUAGAGGUACUGAAUUUAUUAAUUCUAUAAUAAUUCAGUAUUGUGAAGAAAAUGGAAUCCAUCACCAAACCUCAGCAGCAAGAACACCUCAACAAAAUGGUGUUGCUGAAAGAAGGAAUAGAACUCUCAAAGAAGCCGGAAGGACAAUCUUAGAAGCAGCUGGAUUACCCAAAAGAUUUUGGGCAGAAGCAAUCAACACGGUUUGCUACACUCAAAAUAGGAGUCUUAUUCAUAAGACACACAAAAAGACACCAUACGAGCUAUGGAAGGAAAGAAAGCCAAACGUGAGUCAUUUCCAUAUGUUUGGGUCCAAAUGUUUUAUUCUAAACAAUGGAAAGGACUAUCUCAAGCCAUUUGAUCCCAAAUCUGAUGAAGGGAUCUUCCUGGGCUACUCAGCGACAAGCAAGGCAUUCAGGAUUCUCAACAAAAGAACUCUGGUGGUAGAAGAGUCAAUCCAUGUGGUCUUUGAAAACCACUCCACUGCUCAAUCAAUAGAUAAAGGUGAGUCAUCCAAAUCAAAGGAGGACACAGGAAAGGCUCCAAGCUGCCUUCCAAGUAAUUAUACUCAAACAGAUGGAAUGAUAGUGAAGGAAGCAGUUAACACAAAUAGUAGACCACUGUCAGCAGUUGACUCCAAAGGCAGCCCACUGCCAGCAGUUACCUCUGAAUAUGGAGCACUGCCAGCAGGUGGCUCACCAACAGACAACCUUCCGAGCACUUAUGACAUUCCUAAUCACACUAUUCUACUAGAGGAUAGUGAAGAUGAAGAAGAGAAGGAGGAUGACCAACAAACUCUAGCCAAAACAACCACAUCUGAUGUUAGAUGGUUGAGCAAACAUCCUCCUCACCAAAUUAUUGGAAGUAUCAAUACAGGGGUUCGUACCAGAUCAGCAAUUCAGAGAGAAGCACUCUUCUCAUGCUUCAUCUCCCAAAUGGAACCCAAGAAAAUUGAAGAAGCCCUACUUGACUCUGACUUGAUACAAGCCAUGCAAGAAGAACUCAACCAGUUUGAAAGAAACAAUGUAUGGGAGCUUGUGUCCAGACCCUAUCAUCAACAUGUGAUAGGAACUAAAUGGGUAUUCAGAAACAAAAUGGAUGAGGAAGGCACCAUUGUCAAGAACAAGGCAAGACUGGUAGCCAAAGGCUACUGCCAGGAAGAAGGUAUAGAUUUUGAUGAAACCUUUGCUCCUGUUGCCAGAUUAGAAGCAAUAAGAAUAUUCUUGGCUUAUGCUGCUCAUAAGGAAUUCAAAGUCUAUCAAAUGGAUGUGAAAAGUGCCUUCCUAAAUGGUCUACUAGAAGAGGAGGUCUAUGUGGAGCAACCUCCUAGCUUUGAAAUCAAUAGAGAGAAGGAUCAAGUCUACAAGCUACACAAAGCUCUAUACGGACUCAAGCAAGCCCCAAGAGCAUGGUAUGACACUCUCUCUCAAUACUUAGUGAAUAAUGGAUUCACUAAAGGAAAAGUAGACAAGACUUUAUUCAAAAUUGAAGAAGGCCCCCACAUAUUGCUUGUUCAAAUCUAUGUUGAUGACAUAAUCUUUGGAAGUUCAAAUCAAGCAUUGUGUGAGAAAUUUUCAACUCUCAUGCAAAGCAAGUUUGAAAUGAGCAUGAUGGGAGAGUUAAACUAUUUUCUGGGACUACAAGUGAAGCAGACUCCCAAUGGUAUCUUCAUCAACCAAGCCAAAUAUACAAGAGAUCUCAUGAAAAAGUUCAAGGUUGAAAACAAGUCAACUGUGAAAAUACCCAUAAAUACAUCCCAAGGCCUAAGUCAGGAUGAAGAUGGCAAAGAUGUUGAUCCCACCCUGUACAGAGGUCUGAUUGGCUCCUUGUUAUAUCUCACCACUAGUAGGCCAGAUAUCUCCUACUCAGUUGGUGUAUGUGCAAGGUUUCAAUCAAAGCCUAAGGAAAGUCAUCUUCUAGCUGCCAAGAAAAUUUUGAGGUAUCUAAAAGGCAAUCCUAACUCUGGACUAUGGUACCCAACAAAUGGAGGUUUUGAACUCUAUGGUUAUUCAGACUCUGACUUUGCCGGAUGCAAAAUUGAUAGAAAAAGCACCUCAGGAACUUGUCAAUUAAUUGGUGGAAGACUUGUCUCUUGGUUCAGCAAGAAACAGAACUCAAUUGCUACUAGCACUGCCGAAGCAGAAUACAUAGCUGCAGGCAGCUGCUGUGCUCAAAUACUAUGGAUGAAACAACAGUUGAAGGAUUAUGGAGAAGAAACAAAGGAGAUUAGCAUACUGUGUGAUAACACUAGUGCUAUUGCUAUCACUCAUAAUCCAGUCUUUCACUCAAGAACCAAACACAUUGAAAUCAGACAUCACUUUAUCAGAGAGCAUGUUGAGAAGAAGACCAUCAAGCUUGAGUACAUCCCUACGGAAAAGCAGUUGGCUGACAUCUUCACCAAGCCAUUGAAUGAAGCUAGAUUCAACCAACUAAGGCAAGAACUUGGUAUGUUAGAUGAUCUAGAUCAAGCGAAGGAAUAACCCGGCAUCUAUUCAGGGGGAACCUUAUUCCAAAAUCGAGGAGGAAUCCCUAGCCACCUGCUGAGGGGGAACCUCUAUGAAGUACUCAGAAAGUAGCCACCUGCCAAGAGUAAGCUACUUAAAAUCACAAGGAAUGAAGCAUACAGGUCCAAGAAAGUUGAUACCAAGACAGCCAAAAGACUACGCUCAGGGUGUCAAGGCCCUAAAUCCAAGAAACAAAGAACAGCAACAAGGAAUCUGCAAGACGAACUUGAGGAAGCGGCCUCACUCAUCCAAGAAAAAGAAGCAGUAGCCUCUCCUCUAACAAUCAUACAAGAAGAAACAGAGUCCUCUUCCAACUCAUCCAAUGGAAGCAACAGCUCUGCUCUCCCUCUCUCUGUUCUAAUUCCCAGACUAACUCAGCAAGGAGAGCAGGUGGCUCCUUCAUCCCCAGUAGCGAACUCACUCAAGAUAACUCCACUAGAAGAAGAGAAAGUGACUCAAAAAGAAGAGCAGGUGGCUCUCUUACUAGAGAAGGUGGGUCUCCUAGAACCAGAGAACGAGACUCCACUGCACGAACAGGUGCCUCCAUCUCCUGCAGGUAGCUCACCAAACUUGACUCCACUAGAGCAACUAGAGGCACAAUUCACCAGAGUCAAACAAUGGAGAAAGUGGAAACUAACAAAAAUCCGGGAUCAAGCAGAGACCCUACAAUACUUCAUUGAUGAAGAAGACUUUACAUUAGAGUGGUUGGGCACAGAGAAUCUUGCCAAAGCAACCAACCUUCAUCAAAUAAACCAAGUCUACGCCAUUAAGAAAAAUGAUCUCACUGCCAAGAAAUCAAUCACAAACAACAAUGUUGAGGAUGAUCUAGAUGAUGAUGAUGAUGAUGAUGAUGAUGAUGAUAAUGACGCUGACAAUGCCCUCCAAGGACCUCCUAGUUCACGAGGUAAACAAAUCAUUUCCUCUUCCUCCUCUAGUGAUAAAGAAUUAAGGAGAGUCCUGGAGAAAUCAAGGAUGGAAACUCAUGGAGGAGGAGAGUCUUCCAAAGCCCCCCAGGAACAAUUGGCUGCUACUUCCCAGCAGGAGACUCCACUCAUAGACCUAAACAUGGAACCAGAACAAGAGGAAAUCCCAGAGCAGGAACCUACUUCAUCACAUGACCACAAAGACCGCAUUCUCCAUGAUGGUGAAGAAGACACUCCCACACUAGCAGAAGUCUUCAUCAACGAAAGAAGGGCAACAAUAAAGUUCAUCAGUAAUGCGGAGGUGCGACUACACAAGAGAUUGAUCAAAAUGAAGAAACAUUUUGAAGAACUCAUUGACUUGAGGUUCAUAGAAGUUCACAGGCACAUCAAGAGCAACCUCAUGAUACAACAAGUGUUCAACUCUGAGCAAAAGGCUCAACUCCAGAUUCAGCUUGCAAACCAACCAGCUCAUAUUGAGGCAAUCCACAAAGCUCUUGAAGAACUUCGAGCUCGAGAUAAAGAACUAGAAAAUCAAAUUCUAGCAUAUCAACAAGCACACACAGCGGCAGAUGCCUCUCAAGCUGGAGCAGAGCCCUCUGCUCAGGUAAAUUCUCUCCCUAAUUUAUCCACUAAUCUCGAGCAGGCCAUUCACACAAUUCAAGCGCAUGAGGAAUUCAUACAACAUCUCAAGUCCAAGGAACUGCCUGCUAUCCUUCAACUCUCCCAGAAAAUGGUUACAAAACAGGUAGAACAUUCAGAAGCCAUUGGAAAAACAAGAGCUGCUGUUGCUAAGCAUCUCACUGAUCUGCACAAAGCUACUCAAGAGGCCUUCCUUAAACAAGGAAAUGAACUUAAGAAACUUGGUCAUCACCAACAAACAACAAAUCAGCAGCUUCAAAACCUGGACCGAGUAGUCAAAGAGGACGUCAAGGUGGACCUAACAGAUCUUCGUAACAAUGUCCUUGCACUAGCUAUUGAGGUCAACGACCUACGUCCAACUAGGGGACAACAAAUUGACGUUGACUCUGAUCCAGAAAUAGAGGCUCUAUUCCGAGAAAGCUACACCCCUGCUGAUGCCAAAAAGGGGGAAGGGACAACACAAGCAGGCCCCUCUUAUAAUCGAUCUCUGGCAGAAAAGAAAGCAGCUGCAACACGAAGAAAAAACCAACUCUACAAAGAAGAAGCUGAGAUAAGAAGAAGAAAGGAAGAAGAGGCCAAAGCCAAAGAAGAAGCUGCUAAGAAGAAACAAGAAUAGAUUAGUUCUCAAGUCCGAAAGUGACUAAAAACUAUUGUACUCUAGACUUAAGACCAAUGUACAACAAUCUCAAUGAAUUGCAAUAAACAUAUUUCUUUCUUGUGUUGUAUAGUUUUGGCAUCAUCAAAAAAGGGGAAAUUGUUAGUACCCAAUUUUGAUAGAUUUUGAUGAUGCCACUAUACUCUAUUUUAGUACAUUGUGUCUUAAUUAAAGUUCGGACAAUUUAAUCUUAAGUGACAAAAUAAAUGUACAAAUUUUUGAAACUAAUGAAGUAUUACCGGAAAAAUAAAAAUGCAAUAAGGUAAUUUACCUUAAUAGGAUAUUUAGAUCCUACCGGUAUAUAUAGCAUUUGGCUCAAAGAUUAAAUGUCACAUUUUUGUGCUACUCAUGGGUAUAUAUAUAGCAUUGAACGUAUAUGAUUGGAAGACAGAGCUUGACCAACAUUAAAUGCUGAAUCAAGUACUGGUCCUAUAGCAUGGGACGCACACUUGACAGAACUCCCAGCGGGCACUAAUUGGAGACAGCCGCAUUAAAGACUCCAGCACAAGAAGACAAUUGUACUACUUAUCCUUGGCAGAGACCUUCAACGACAAGGAUUAAUCCAUUUCAACCAACGGAUGAGAUUAAUCAACCAUGAAGGCCUAUAAAUAUAGGUAGAAGCAUGAGUUCGAAAAUAAGCUUGAGCAUCCUAAGUAGAGAAAUACUUUCAUCAAAGCAUAUACGAGCUAUCUAGCAAAAGAGAAAGUGCAAACUCAAAUUUACUCUCUGCUUAGCCUCAUGCUUCACUAAGCUCUUAGAUUAGAUCAACACUUUCACAUUUUUGGAGCUUAGUUCAUAGUUGGAGGUUAGAACUUUCUUGUAACAUUUCACAAGUGGUUGUAAACACUUAGGAGAACAGUUGUUCGGAUCCUAAAGUGUAGUUAGAUAGAUAGAGUACCUUUUGAUCCCCACUGGAUCAAUCGAGAAAAGUCUAAGGACUGAGUAACUUUGAGUGGUGUCAUACUCAUUGUGAAAAACCUUCAAUCUAGGCCUAAGUGUUGUAAAGGCCAGAUUGUCACUAAGUGUAUUGAGCUAAAUACUUUAGUGGAAAUCCAUUUGAAAGAGAAUGAGACUGGACGUAGGAGGAUUACACCACCUCUGAACCAGGAUACAUUGUGUGUUGAUUUUACUUCACUCUACAAAGCACACACCCAGCACUUCUCGUAUAAAGAUUGUAGUUUGCCAGCAGCAUCUUAAGCAGUUGUCUUAAUUGACCCAACUGCUUAUCCUUCUGCUUAAUUACUCACUCUCUUUGAGGCUAUCUCCACACAGUUCACUUGCUAAAGCAUUACCAAAAAGGUUGUUCUAUCAGUUCCCGGAAAUUCACUUUCAAAAUAUAGCAGGUGCCUCAGCAGUCUCCUCAGUACCACCCAACUGCUGAGCUCCCUGCCCACAUACAUAUAUUUCCUUUAAACAACUCAACAUCACCAGAUCCUCAUAACAUCAUUACACGAAGUUUUGCUUAAAAGGAUCUCUGAAAAUCUGCUUAUAACCUAAGCAGGUGGCUCAGCAGUUCCCUUUGUACCACCCAACUGCCAAGACCACUGCUCCAGUUAAACUUCAAUUUAACCUUACUUAAGUACUUUUUCAGACAUCUUUCUUGCGUUCUAAACAACGUUUUACCAUCACUUUCAUCGUAAAGUCAAUAUUUCUCUAGCAGUUAUCUCAGCAGUUUCCUGCUACCUAGUCAACUGCUAAGCUAACUGCCAAGCCAACUGCUAGCUAUCUAAGUCCAAUCUUCCCAAAAUUAGAAAGUGGUCAAACACUCAUUACAUAAAGGGUAAAGACUUCCGCUGUGCAUCUAUUAAUCUCUCAAAAGAUUAUAGAUCAAUUCAUCUAGAGGGAAAAACUUCAAAAAUUGAAAAAGAUUUAAAAGUCUAUUCACCCCCCCCCCCCUCUAGACUUUUACCCUAUCCGGGACCAUCACUUUGUCAUUCUUGCACAUGGAGGAAACUUCAGGGAAAUUAGGAAUUGAAUUCUUCAGGUGAUACCCUCACUGAUAACCACUUGGAUGCUACUCAUAGAACAAUCAAAUUCAAGGGUGAUGGCUCACAAGUUAGAUCAAGGCACCUGGUUUGCAAUGGAAUGGAACAAAUGCAGUUAUAUACAUCAAGGUAGUUAGAGAAGAUGAAAAUCAGAAGGCCCAAUUAGUUUAGAGAGCUUCUUCUAUGAAAAUUUCAAAAACUUCAUUAAGUUGAUCCAUUUUUUGUUUUGUUGUUAUAUUUUAUUAAUGGAUCACACUGCUUUUUUGUUUACUUUGCAGUAGUGGUAUGAUAUACUAGUAAGUUACUAGUUUUUUGGAAGUUGGUAGCAAUGCUCUUCUAUAUAUAGUCUACACUUUUUGCAACUUGGUAGGAGUGUUUUUUUGUAUUGAACACUUUUUACCGUUUUUGGAACUUGGCCACAUGGAACUAAAGCGUAUUUAGACUUUUUGUAAAAGUAAGUAAAGGAAGAUGUUAUAUCAAGCCAAUGUUUGCAGCAUUUUUAGUUUUUAUCCUUUUAUACUACUACAACACUUUUCUUUUCCAAGCUUGUUAUACUGGUGCAUGGAUGAUCAGUUUGCAUAAUUUUUAUACUUGUGCAGCCUUUUACUCGUGCAGGCAUUUUCAGUUUUAUGAAUACAUCUAGUAGAGUUUAUUAGCAGGACAAUAAACAAGAGUGUAGUGUGUUUUAUGUGCAUAUUUGAACUAGUGUUUAAUGGCAUGACAAUCAACAAGAGUUUGCAUUUUAUAACUACUUCUAUUUAUUGUUCAAUGAGUUUAUGUUCAGGUUUUAACUAAUCAUAUGAAUCAAUCCAUGUUCAAAACAGUUAUUGUAUGUAGUGUUUUGUAACUGAUCCUAAUAAUGUAUUUGGUAGAAUUCCUAGAAGUGAUUUUGGUACCAUCUAAGUGAUCCAUUUAAGAAGUGACUCUCUUGACUCGUGUUGAUUAAAUAGGUUGUAAUUAUUUUAGUUAUUUUUCUGUUCUCACGUCACAAUAACAAAUCUGCCAUGUUUUUCAGUAUAAAGCUUUAUAACAUAAACAAAUAAAUGUGAUGCACUUUGAAUAAAUCAGUACUCUGCACAAAACCAAGCUGGGUUCUGUUUUUAAUUUUGAAUCAAAACUUUCAAACACCAUUUAAGAUAAAAAUGAUCAUCAGAGUUAGCUUUUAGAAUUUUGGGUAAACUCUAAUCAUUUUGCAUUACAAUCACCUCAAAAAGAUUAAUUGAACACUAUAAAUUGCCCAGACCUGUUCUUAAAACUGAAUGAUCGGUUUCAAUUACUUAAACAUGUUCCUAACAGAUAAAUUUAGAGUAGAUUUGAAUGAGACAAACCAACAUACCAACUAAAAGUUAUGUUAAAUAUAAAACUGGUAAAAGCUUGGUAGAAGCUGAACAAAUCAGUUAAUUUUCUUUUACAGAGAUUCCACUUGAAGAAUACACAAUCUAAAAAUACAAACUAACUAAGGGAGUGUUUGCAAUUGCUUCAACUUUAAAAAAGUGAUUUUUAAAAGUGAUUUGGGGAAAAGUGAUUAAUAGUAAAAGUUGGUAGUGUUUGAGAAAAAAGUGAUUCUGAAAAAGUAAAAGUUGGUAGUGUUUGGUAAAAUAAGUACUUUUUGUGUAAUAGAAAAAGUGAAAAGCAGUUUAAAGCACCCUUCCAUCUGCUUCCAGCUUUUAGCUUUUAAGUGAUUAAUUUAAGCAGAAUCUGUCAUUUGAAAACACUCUUUUUAACUUUUUUUAAGCCAAAAGCUGAAAAGUGCUUUUUUUAAUCAACUGCAAACACUCCUUAAGAAGUACACAUAGUACUGCAAUGAAAAUAGAAGAUAACACAACGACAAUCAAACAAUUUCUCAUUUCUCAUUGGCAAGGAUAAUGAAAUUGAAUGUUGCUUCGGUUCAGGACUGAUCCCUGGGUGUUUGCAAUUUCCUUUGCAGCUGAGCUUGAUGAUGAAUCUGAUUCUCUCAUAAUCUAUAUUCCCCCCUCGUAUUUCGUCUGCAGCGAGAACAUAGAUGAAGGUGUAAAUGAAUUAGGGUUGUUAUCUUACUGUCUCUGAAAUUUUUGGAACUGAUGGACAGAUUGAGAAGAAAUGGAGGUUGCUGAAACUUGUUCUCCUUUACCCCGACCAUAUCUCCCAGUUCCUCUAGCUUUAGUUUUGAGCGAAGGGUUGAGGAUAAACUUGUGGUUCUUAGACGGGGCCAUUGUUCUGAUUCCCAGAGACUUGGUUUGUCGUUUCUUUUCUGAAGUCUAACGGGGAACACCCCGUUCAGUUAGUAGGUGUCCAAAAUGAACCUAAAAGAUGGAUUAUGGGUUUAUUUGAUCUAUAAAAAAGGUUAGUGUCCAUUUUCAACUCUAUAAAUAACCUUAGUGUCAAUUAUGGUCUUUCUCCCUUUCCCUUAAAUGUAACCUAAUAAUUUUUUUAUUUUGUUGAGUAAGAGAAAGCAAAGGAUGACGGUUAAUAGAGUAUAUGGACUCGAACCCCUGGUCUGACGACCAUUAAACUUUAACAACACCCACACUUGUUCAGUGGAGAGCGUUAUAUUGUUUUAUAUUGUUGUACAAUUUAAAUAUUCAUUUAUAUGUAGAUAAGUAGAUUAGAUGAGCUACUUUAUCAUUUAUUAGAUUUUUAUGUCAUUGAGCCUAUCCAUUUACAUCCGCACCCGAUUUACACGUUUUCUAUAAAUAAAUCCCUUAGGAGUCUUGUAAAAGAAUUCAUAUAGAAAACCCUAAUGGAGUUGACGGAUUGAAAAUUGUUGGACCAUCUAGUUGAUCCCGAGUGAAAUUUAUCCAACACUCAUUUGUUUUUACUCUAAAGGAGUGAGAGAAUUAAGGCAAAACUUUUGAUUAAUUAGUUAGAUUUGGUGGGAUCAUGAGGAGACAGUUUUUUUUAGGGAAACACAAAUAGUGUGGAUCGUUGCGCUUACCGCUACACUAAAAGCAAUCGCUAAUAGUGUAGCACGCCCUUCCCCCUUUUAUAGAAUAGGCAAAGCGCCACGCGGUCCGAUUGCACCGGCAGGCUGGCAGAUUGCUGACCGCAGACCCGCGGCAGGCCCAACAAUCUCCCCCCAGCACCUGCCAGCCUACAACUGAGCAGCAUGCUGUUGUCGGGGGUCGAACCCGUGACCUUUGGCUCUGAUACCAAUUGUGGAUCGUUGCGCUUACCGCUACACUAAAAGCAAUCGCUGAUAGUGUAGCACGCCCUUCCCCCUUUUAUAGAAUAGGCAAAGCGCCACGCGGUCCGAUUGCACCGGCAGGCUGGCAGAUUGCUGACCGCAGACCCGCGGCAGGCCCAACAAAUAGGUUCAUUAAGUAAAAUCAACCAUGUUACAAUCAGUUCUCAGGCUGUGUUUAAGAAAGCUAGGGGCCUCUGCCAGCCUGAAGGCUUGUUCAACAUGUGAACAAACAAAAUUUGCACAACAAUGAGCAGCCUGAUUGGGGUCAUGAGGAAACAGCUGGGACUUGGGAAGGGCAUUUUGUUAUCAAGGGCUUCGAAUAGAAUUUUGAGGGAAUUGGUUUGUGCAGCUUAGUUGAUAGGGAGUAGUUCGUUAGCCUAGUCUUUAUAUGGCUUUGUCGAUUUCUUUUAUUUCUUCCUUCAUUAACGUUUCUAUCGCUUUUUUUUACUUAAUAAAAAAUUCUCCUUUUAAAAAAUAGUAUAUAUGUAUAUUUGUCACAUAACUUUAUAUAUUGAGCAUAUCGACCAGGCGGGACGGGGCAGUUCUAAUACUUGGAUCCGCCCAUCGUUUGCACAGGCCAGCUCAUCUUCCUAGCACAAAUGUGCUUCUGGAGGAGGAUGAGCUGUGGCAUAAAUAUUUUUCUCAUAUUCUUUAGAAAUCCACUCUCUUUUGGUUUUACACUGAUUGUAGUUGUAACACUUGAGAUUUAAUUUAAAAGGAUUAAUAGUACUACUCAUACCAACAAGAUGCAUCUCCUUUUAAGGGAGCUCAUCUACUAAGAACUCCAAAGUUAAGCAUGCUUGCACAGGAGUAGUCUUGGGAUGGGUGACCCCCUGGGAAGUUUCUCAGGGCGCGCACGAGUGAGGACAAAGUGCGCGGAAAAGGCUAGUGGCGGUUUGUGGGGACAGUACUAUUGGUCCGGAGUAACUCCCUCGGGUCCUACGGGGCCGGGGUGUUACAGGUGGUAUCAGAGCAACCCUGCGACAGUGUGUUGACCCGUUGGAGAUCGGGCGGUCACUUAGUGGGGGAGGAUUCUGGGAUUUGAUUGAGAUUUGAGAUUGGUUUAUGGGCGCAACGAGGACGUUGCGUUCCUAAGUGGGGGUGAUUGUAACACUUGAGAUUUAAUUUAAAAGGAUUAAUAGUACUACUCAUACCAACAAGAUGCAUCUCCUUUUAAGGGAGCUCAUCUACUAAGUACUCCAAAGUUAAGCGUGCUUGCACGGGAGUAGUCUUGGGAUGGGUGACCCCCUGGGAAGUUUCUCAGGGCGCGCACGAGUGAGGACAAAGUGCGCGGAAAAGGCUAGUGGCGGUUUGUGGGGACAGUACUAUUGGUCCGGAGUAACUCCCUCGGGUCCUACGGGGCCGGGGUGUUACAGUAGUUUGAGGCGCUAAAAAUCGGAAACAUCCUUUCUCACCAUUCCCUUCCCUUUUUCUCCAACGAACACCCACCCUCCUCCAAGCUCUCAAUGACGAUCAAAGUAUCACACCCCUUGCACCAAUUUUCCAGACCCUCAUACUCCUCUGUCUGUCCAUCUGCUUCUUGCCUAAUGAACCACAAAGAAAGCACCACAUGGAUAGAUUAACUGUGAGAAAACCUAGCAGCCACUAGAUCCUGGCAUGAGAAAAUCACCGUUUGGCGAUUUAGAAUAGCCGCACUUCAGCAGAAAAGAAAUUCGCUACAUCAAAUAAAGCUUUCCCCUUAGAUCCUGCCACUCCAUAAACUUACAAGAAACUUGCCCCUUGAGUAGAUUGUUAUGUGCUGACUAAAUCGGAUACUAUUGCGAUGAGUGAUUUUUUACCUUAUGUAUUUGUCUAAUGAGUUUAUACUUUCAUAAUAAUACAGACAUAAUCUAGACUAUAACUAUAACUAU